AUCUUUUCUGUUACCAAUUACACUCCUAAUACAACUCAAUCAUCUUUGCCUAUAGUUAUAAAUACAGACCAACCCUCUUCUCAUUUACUUCACUUCAGAAUUUCUAAUCGUUUUUCUUUCUUCGUUGUCUUUUUGGGUUUUUUUUUCUGUGAUUGAUUGAUUUUGUGAGUUGGAAGAGAGAAACAGACAUGGAGAUUGAUCUAUCACCAAGAUUGGCGAAGAAGUUGUACGGAGGGAAUGGGGGUUCUUACUACGCAUGGUGUCCCAAUGAACUGGCCAUGUUGAAGGAAGGCAACAUAGGCGCAUCUAAGCUCGCUCUUGAGAAGAAUGGCUUCGCCCUCCCUCGUUACUCUGAUUCUGCCAAGGUCGCUUAUGUUCUUCAAGGCAGUGGUGUUACUGGAAUUAUUCUUCCUGAACAAGAGGAGAAGGUAGUUGCAAUUAAGAAGGGCGAUGCCAUUGCCCUCCCUUUUGGUGUUGUUACAUGGUGGUACAACAAGGAGGACACCGAACUCGUGGUCCUCUUCUUGGGUGAUACCUCAAAGGCCCACAAGACUGGCUCAUUCACCGAUUUCUUUCUCACCGGAUCAAAUGGCAUCUUCACCGGUUUCUCAACCGAGUUUGUGAGCAGGGCGUGGGACUUGGAAGAAAGUGUUGUGAAGACGCUUGUUGGAAAGCAAUCAGGCAAUGGCAUUGUCAAGCUUGAAGAUGGCUUUCAGAUGCCUGAGCCCAAAAAGGAACACCGCGUUGGCAUGGCAUUGAACUGUGAGGAAGCUCCACUUGAUGUGGACAUUAAGAAAGGUGGAAGGGUGGUUGUGCUGAACACCAAGAACUUGCCUUUGGUUGGUGAGGUUGGGCUUGGGGCCGAUCUUGUUAGGUUGGAUGGGAGUGCCAUGUGCUCUCCCGGCUUCUCUUGCGACUCGGCACUGCAGGUGACCUACAUUGUUAGGGGCAGUGGCCGUGUUCAGGUUGUCGGUGUUGAUGGCAAACGCGUCUUGGAAACAACCAUAAAGGCUGGUAAUCUGUUCAUUGUGCCGAGGUUCUUUGUGGUUUCAAAGAUUGCUGAUACUGAUGGCUUGGAGUGGUUCUCUAUCAUCACCACUCCCAAUCCUGUUUUUACCCAUCUAGCAGGAAGUAUUUCAUGCUGGAAGGCGUUGUCUCCUCAAGUUCUCCAGGCUUCAUUCGACGUGACUCCGGAUGUGCAGAAGCAAUUUUCCUCCAAGAGAAAUGCAGAUGCCAUCUUCUUCCCCCCACCAAAUUGAGAAUGCCCUGAGCUUUCUUUUCUUUUCAUCAAUAAUGCUCGUGUUAGCUUCGUAUAGGAUUGGGUUGGUUUUGUCCUCCUUUUUAUGUUUGGUGGUUCUUGGAAUGGAUUUUGGUAAAUUGUGUGAUUUCAGUUUUUGGAUUUUUGUUAUAAUGGUAACUGGAAUUUUGCUUUA